AUGCAUCGAGCCUACCAGCCAAUUUUGCCAUGUGGCAAUAAAUAUCUUCAGCAACAGUGGGACAAAGCAACAUACGAAGAACACAAGAAAAAGAUCAAGACAGCCAAGCCUGUGGUGGACACCUCUACACCUCCAACAUAUGGACAUCUUCAUUUGAAGUUAAGAAAACUUAAGCUGGAAAAGGACCGUUUAUCAAUCACUGAGAAAGAGAAUCAUUUGCUGCUGGAGAAGAUAUCUUGCAUCAUGAGGACUAAAGGAAGAAUUGAUAACAAAAAUGAGUAUGAAGCCAAAAGCUUAAACAGAGAAAAACGAGAGCGAGAAUUACUAAAAGUAAGCCAAGAGAAUCAUGCCAUUCUGGAAAGGAUUAUAAAGUGUAAAUCUCAGUACAGUGUCCAACAGUGGAAUGAAGACUGGCAAAAGGCUGAAAACUACAUGAACAGCAUUGCAAGAUAUCCACAUGGAUUGUGCAAGUGGCAUGUUGAAAAGAGACAAAAAUUAAAUAAAACAACACCAAAAAGAGACAGACAGAAUGAUAAAGAUUUGAAAGGUCUGACAAGCAAAAUAGAGGAACCAGAGCAAGAAGAUUCAUAAAAAAAUAAAAUAAAAAUGAUCAUCAACGAGAAAAUCUAAUAGAAAUGGUGUAAUUUUAACCAUUACGAUGGCAAU